AUGUCCCAGCAGCCUCCAUCACAAAGGCCUAAGAAGUCCGCAAUCAACAAGAAGGAUUUUCUCGUCGGAAGGGAGGCUGAAUCAUCACCAGACCCAGAGCCGGAGGAUGUGUUUGAAAGAAGCGACGACACACUGCCUACUGGCGACGAUGAUGCGGAAGUCGCCGGUGGCAGUCCAGAGACCGGCGACGGAUAUCUUCUCUUAUGUCGUCAGCUUUCUGACUACGCCGCCGAGGUCAGGCGGACUUAUAAGGAUCUGACGGACCGGCUUAACCGCCUGGAACUUAUGUUUGGCCGGGGUAUUGCACACCAAAGGCAGCUAGAAGCGCUGAUACGUCAGCAGCAAAUUACUAGCCCUUCGGCUACUACCAUCAUCAGAAGCAACCACGUUGCUGAACCACUAAAAACAGCGGCCGAUUUCCGGCAACCUAAAUUUCGCUUAACGGAUGAAACAUUCCGAAAGGAACUCGUAAGCAACAUAUUUGGCGAUUAA